UCAUCUGAUUAUGAGAAAGAGUGUUGCAUGUGGCCCCAUAUGUCUUAACUAAGCUCAAGAGUGGAUGGCCAACCUAGUCCAGAGGCAGUGCUUGGCAUAAAAAUGGGUUCCCUCAGCACAGCAAAUGUUGAAUUUUGCCUUGAUGUGUUCAAAGAGAUGAACAAUAACAAUGUAGGAGAUAACAUCUUCUUCUCUCCGCUGAGUCUGCUUUAUGCUCUAAGUAUGAUCCUCCUUGGUGCCAGAGGAAACAGUGCAGACCAAGUGCAAAAGGUGCUUCACUUUAAUCAUAUUGUAGAAUCGUUAAAACCAGAAUUCAAGUACUCACUUCAGUGCAGCCAAGCUGGAAGGAUUCAUUCAGAGCUUAGUACCCUAUUCUCUCAAAUCAACCAGCCAGACUCUAACUAUAUCCUCAGCAUUGCCAACAGACUCUAUGGGAAAAAGACAAUGGCAUUCCACGAGCAAUAUUUAAGCUGUUCUGAGAAACUGUAUCAAGCCAGGUUGCAAACUGUUGAUUUUGAACAGUCAACAGAGGAAACAAGGAAAACUAUUAAUGCUUGGGUUGAAAGUAAAACUAAUGGGAAAGUCAAAGAUCUCUUUGGAAAGGACACAAUCGACCCUUCCUCUGUAAUGGUCCUGGUGAAUGCCAUAUAUUUCAAGGGGCAAUGGCAAAAUAAAUUUCAGGAAAGAGAUACAGUUAAAACCCCUUUUCAGCUAAGUGAGGGUAAAAGUGUAAUUGUGGAAAUGAUGUAUCAAGCUGGAACAUUUAAACUGGCCUUCAUAAAGGAGCCAAAGAUGCAAGUUCUGGAGCUGCCCUAUGUUAACAACAAGCUAAGUAUGAUUAUCCUGCUUCCAGAAGGCACAACUAAUCUAGAACAGGUAGAAAAGCAGCUGAAUGUGAGAACGUUUCACCAGUGGACCAGCUCUUCCAACAUGAUAGAAAGAGAAGUUGAAGUGCAUCUCCCCCGAUUCAAACUUGAAAUCAAGUAUGAGCUAAAUUCCCUGUUAAAAUCCUUAGGGAUGACAGAUAUCUUCAACAAGGUCAAAGCUGAUCUUUCUGGAAUGUCACCAGCCAAGGGCCUGUAUUUAUCCAAGGUCAUCCACAAGUCAUACUUGGAUGUCAGUGAAGAGGGCACCGAGGCAGCGGCCGCCGCUGGGGACAGCAUCACCGUAAAAAGACUCCCCAUCCGGGCUCGGUUCAUGGCCGAUCGCCCCUUCCUGUUCUUUAUAAGGCACAUUCACAGCAGCAUGAUUCUCUUCUGCGGCAAGCUGGCCUCUCCAUAAACACCUGGGGUCGGGCAAGGCUCAGGGUGACAGAGGAGGUGCAGGGGCAAACCCGUGACUACCCCGUGGCCAAAAAACUGUUCAUACCUCACACACCUCUGUGCCUUGGUUUGCUCAUCUGCAAAAGGGGCCUAGGAUCUCUUCCAACUUGUUUCAUGAAUUGGUGAACCUAAGGCUGUGGUAAUCACGGAAGAAAGUACAUUUACACAAAAGUUUUUCUAGCUUUCUUACCUUUGGGGCCUCAUUUGAGUGCUGUCUGGGUGACAUGAUCAAAUUAAUGGGUAAUAUUUUAAAGAAUUAGGUUUUCUCGACUUGGAUAUAUCAGUGAGAUCUUAAAUAAGUGACCUGACUGCUCUGUUUUCAGAAAACCAGCUUAAGGGCUUCAAUUUUGGUUGGAUUUUUAAAUAUUAUAAUUUUCAUUGCAUGUGUAGAUACAACAUGGUGAAUUUCAGUUCAAAAUUCUGUAUUGACUAAAAUAAACGCAUGAAAUGCCUUAA